GACGGAGGGAGCCUGCGAGGAGGGCGCCGCGGGACUGCCGAGAGACCGACAAGUUUUCGCCGGCGCGGCAGAGAGGUGCGAGGCCACCGGGCGCGAUACACCACUGCUAGGAGACCAGAUUCUGCAAAUUCCAUCUCCACACUGUGGCUUGCUGCUUGCCUGAAAGCUAACGUGUCAGAGAAGAAGGGAAAGGACUCACUUUAGAGGGCAAAGAUGAACUCCACGGAGAUUCCCAUCCAGACGGAAAUGGUAGAGCUGGUGCCGAAUGGAAAACACGCGGUAGUUGCCUCAUCGGUCCCCUCCAUAGGAAAUGACAGAUUUGAAGAGAACCAGACAAAUCUGCCUGAGAGGGAGGAGUUCCUUCCACAUGGCGUCGAAAAGAAGCAGACAAAUUUUACAGAUUUUGAAGGAAAGACCUCUUUUGGGAUGUCUGUUUUCAAUCUCAGCAAUGCUAUCAUGGGCAGCGGGAUCCUGGGCCUGGCAUAUGCUAUGGCCAACACCGGCAUCCUCCUCUUUCUGUUCCUCUUGACUGCUGUAGCUCUCUUGUCCAGCUACUCCAUCCACUUGCUGCUCAAGUCCUCAGGAAUUGUUGGAAUCCGAGCCUAUGAACAGCUGGGCUACAGGGCCUUUGGAACUCCAGGGAAACUGGCAGCUGCCAUUGCUAUAACACUGCAGAAUAUUGGAGCCAUGUCAAGCUACCUGUACAUUGUGAAGUCCGAAGUGCCUCUGGUCCUCCAGACCUUCCUCAACCUGGAAGAGAAGUCAACGUACUGGUACGCGAAUGGCAACUACCUGGUCAUCAUGGUCUCUGUGUGCAUCAUCCUCCCGCUGGCCCUCAUGAAGCAGCUUGGCUACCUUGGCUACGCCAGUGGGUUUUCCCUCAGCUGCAUGGUCUUCUUCCUCAUAUCGGUCAUUUACAAAAAGUUCCAGAUUCCCUGUCCGCUCGUUGACGUGAACACCACGAGCAACCAGAAUUUCACAGUAGUCAGCACGAGCAGCUAUCAGAGUGACCACACCAUCGUCCAGGCAACUGAGGAAGAUGUCUGCACUCCAAGCUUGCUCACUCUCAACUCUCAGACAGCCUAUACCAUCCCCAUCAUGGCAUUUGCCUUUGUGUGUCACCCUGAGGUCCUGCCUAUUUACACUGAACUGAAAAACCCAACCAAGAAGAAGAUGCAGUGUAUCGCCAACAUCUCCAUCACAGUCAUGUACGUGAUGUACUUCCUGGCUGCCCUGUUUGGCUACCUCACUUUCUAUGGCCAGGUGGAGUCUGAGCUGCUGCACACCUACAGCAGAGUGAGCUCGUUCGACGUGCUGAUCCUGUGUGUGCGCGUGGCCGUGCUGACUGCCGUGACACUGACCGUGCCCAUUGUGCUCUUCCCGGUGCGGCGUGCGAUUCAGCAGAUGCUCUUUCCAGACAAGGAAUUCAGCUGGAUCCGGCACAUUAUCAUCGCCAUUGUGCUGCUGACAUCCAUCAACUUGCUUGUCAUUUUUGCCCCGUCCAUCCUGGGCAUCUUCGGCCUGAUCGGUGCCACUUCUGCCCCCUGCCUGAUAUUCAUCUUCCCAGCAAUAUUCUACAUCCGUAUCAUACCCAAGGACAAGGAGCCCACAAAGUCCCCUCCCAAGAUCCUGGCAGCCCUCUUUGCGUGCCUUGGGGUGCUCUUCAUGAUCAUGAGCCUCAGCUUCAUCAUCAUCGACUGGGCGACAGGUGGUGGGAAGAGCGGAGGUGGCCACUAGGCAAGGCCUGGCGCCUUGUGAACACCUUGGGAGACUAAGCUGGCUUUGAUACAUUUCCUGCCCCCCUACCUCUGCUAGGACUGUACCAUAAUAGUCCCUGGCUCCAUCCUGAGCCAGAGGGCUCCGUUCCGUUACUCAGUCCUCACACCCACCACGGAGCCAGAGGACGCUGCUGACCAGAGCAGAAACUAGUCCCUCCCCCUCUGAGCCUUUGAUUUUAUCUCCUGGUCUGGAACGGGGCUGUCCGGUGGUGCCGAAUGGACAUACGAGAUGGGGAAAGGGGGGUGGGGGUUGCCAUGCUGUUUGUGUCCAGCCAAAGGUGUCCAGUAUGGCUGGCCCAUGCUGAGAGGACUGGAAAGCCAGUGGGAGGAGCCAAAGGAAAUCUGGGGUGGGGACGGGAGGACCGUGGCCGAAGAGCUUGGCGUGGGGGGCUCUGGCCUGGGAGGCCUGGUACCCCACUGACUGGGAGACAUGGGGCAGGCCCUCCUGAAGAAGCAUUCUGUACAAAUGGGAUGUGGGUGGUUUGGGACAGGAACACUGGUGUCAGACAAAGAAUGUGAUUUGGUUUCAGACUUCUUAAUGGCUGUGCUGCCUGCCCCAGCCACAUGGCUUUCUCUCCUCAGCCCUGCUGCCUCCCUACAGCUUUCCUCUCCCUGCCAGAGAUGAGGUGAUGCUCAGUGCGGCAGCCACCUGGACCCUGCUGGCUCCCAUCUCUCUUGGGAGCCCCAGGCCCUCCAGUGGGAUGGCAGGCGGUGGUGGGAGAUGAUUUGGGGGUGUCGGCCCUUUGGCACAGCCAGUUGGGAUGGCCUGCAGGUUCAGCCAGCCGUAGCCCUGGGCAAGACCCCUCAGGGGGCCCCUCUUUCUGUGAAUCUGCCUCCUCAUCUCCACGGUUGCCAGCCAAUGCUGUGCUUCCUCCUCUCUUCCUCAUUGGUACCACUUGCUCGCUUGAUGUGCAGACGGCCAGUGAGUCAGCAGCAGCGUCACUUGCUCUGCUUCCUGCUCUCCACGGCCGCCAUUUUCCGGGCCAGAGUUGGAGGGAGGUGAACAAGUAUGGGCUGCUAAGACAGGGGCCCUUGGCAGGCACCUGGCCCCGGCUGGCUUCCAGGGAUCCCUUGUGCAUGGGAGAGAUUCACUUGGCGAAGUGAAGCGGAGAAGGUGAACACGGUGUGGGCCUUUAGGUUGCAGGCUUGCUGUGGGGAGCACAACUGUUUCUCUUCCAAACAGAGUGAACCUGGAGCUGAGGCGGGUAGGCAGCCCCGUGGUUAGUGCAUCAAAUCCCUCCACCUGUCUCCUUGUUCUACAGGGAAAUGGCAAGGAAUGAUCAGGUAUUUAGGAAGCUCGGGUCACGGUUCCUCCUGUGUCCUGUAAUUGUUUGUCACCUGAUACUGUGUAAAAGGUCUCCAUUCUCAAGACCAUUUCCUCCCUCCCCAUAUUGCAUCAUGGUGGACUCCCUCCCUCCCUCCCGCUAGUGGUUGCUGUAUCCGCCCACUGGGAACUGCAGCCCUGUCACCAAGCCAGUCCACCAGCCCAGCCCAUCACUAGCACUUGACUGCUGCUAAGUUCAGUAAUGUAUAGAGCAAGAGUGCACAUUCAUUGACUUUGCACAUGCUGAUGUUGCUUUUCGUCCAAUUUGUAGCUGGGGUGAGAUUCCAGUGGAACUGUAUUUGUAUAGCUGUCUUCCCAGAUUUGGCAAGGACCUUUGCUCCCAUUGAUUCCUGGCUUCUCCUUAGCAUAAUUUGUAUAGGAGCAGCUCAGCUUCAGUGUACCCCUGACCUAGCAGCCUGGCCUUGAUUGUAGCAGAUUGGGAAGAAUGAAUUGAUCAUCCCUUCUUUACUCUCUGAUAAUGUCAUUUAAAGAAAGAAAAACUAGGGAAAAAUUCUUCCAUGGCUUCUUCCUUAAGCCAGAGAUGGCCAUCGCAUACUGCAUCUCUUUCGGGGCUCUGAAACCUUUCACACCUCAUCCUCUGGUGGUCAGCCCAGUCUUUGCAGGCUUGGGCGAAGGAACGGUAUAAAAGUAGCCAUUGUGACCACAGAGAAAAAGCAGCAGAAGACCUAGGCACACGAGGAGGGGAAAACAAGGACGCAAACAAUUUCCAAAUGAAUAUUAGUGACACAGGAAACGGCCUUUUACCAGGGCAGACCAAUAUUAAUCUAGCCGUGUUCUGGCUGACUGUCCUCCAGGGUUUCCAGGAGAUGCCUUUUUUACCACUUGUUACGCCUUAAAAGGCUCUGUGUGGUUAUUUCAUCUGUUCUCGCUCUGAACUGCUUGUCCCUGGUAAGAAAAAGGGUGGAAGAGAGCACAGGGGGUAAGGAAUGGAAGGCGGCAUCAUCGUGACAUUCCAUGGAUGAGGCAGGACAAUUUGAAGGCCCAUGUAGUCAUAGUUGUACCUUUUCUGCUGCACACACUGCGGUAAUACCAAGCACAACGGGAGUGGCCACCCUAUUAACCCUGACUCUUUUGGAGCUCAGUUGUGAGGAAGGGUCAAGUUGGGAGUAACGACUCGCAGGUCUCUUGGACUAGAAAUGGGUGCAUUGCUGCUAAGGAGGAAAGGACUGCUGUGUUGCUGGUGGUUCUAUAUCGUUCUGAGUCUAGGCAAUUAGUGCUUCUAGGCCAGCGUCUCACCCAGGCCUGGCCGUUUUUCUAUCUGCCUCUGCAGCUGUGCCCGUAAUAGCAGCUCAGCGUGUAGGAAUGAUCGUUAAAGCUUUCCAAGUAUAGAGAUGAAAGAGCCACCUCUCUUGGUGCUCCAUCAAGCUCCUGUUAAAGCCUGAGUGUCAGGUUGGAAAGUUGGCAGCCCUUGCCUCACCUCUGGUGUAGAAGGACCAGUGGACAUCUCUGCCGCCUUUAAUGGAAAGCUCCCACAUUCAAGGAGGAUUUGAUCAUCUGUGGUUGCCGGCUGGCUGCUGACAGUAGCUUGGAGGAUCACUGGGAACUUUCAGAAUUCCUUUGUAAUUUGGGGCCGGAGUUGGUUGCAGCUGUAGGUCAUUCUGAUUAAGAGCCAAAUUAUAGUAUGCCACAGCUUGGUGUGUACCAGCAAAAUUGUUUGAUCCAUACUAGAGCAAGAAAUCUGGCAGAUGGAGUACAUUUUCAGGUUGCACCUGCUAUCACAUUAAGUGCAGACUCAGUCAUUUCCUGUGACUAAGGCUAUAUAGGUCUUAUAGAGGUAUUAAAAGCUACUGCUGGAGGUAGCCUGCUAGUUGGUUCUGCUUAAGCAGUCCAACAAGGAGCAGAAUCUUCAGAUGAACUGAUAUGGGGAACCAGCUAUAUUUCCUGGGAGUAAGAACUUCAGUCACCAGUGUUGCUUGAGAGGAAAGACACUGGGAUCCCCCUCUUGCAGCUCCACUUCUCAUGGGAGUAGUACCCAUGUGCAGCAGAACUCCACAUAAGUUUCUGGCCGCAAAUGAAAGAGCCGCCAGAUCUCUCAUUUGCCAUGCACAGCAAAAGUCUAGAUUCAGAACAGUACAUAGACCUUGUGCAUAGACGCUCCUGCUGCGUUUGGAGCUGGACUUCAGGUCUGGGAGAGUUUGUCACAGUUGCGCCAAAAUGUAGUUUUUGUCCACAUUUAUGGAGCGCCACAGAUUGCACUGCUUGGUAGGUGAAGCGACACUGCCCCCUGCUGUAGCUUGUGGGCCUUGCUGCUUCCAGUAAUUUGCACCUUAAAAGGCUGCUGCAGCUUCCCUCUGUUUUGGUUUGCUCCUAUUGCAUCAAGUAUGCAAUAUUUCUGCAUUAUUAUGCAGAAAUCAGGUGGCAGAGAAACAUAUUAGAAGCAUAGGCUGACCAAUGCUGCUAAGGAAAUAAGAAUUUGGCACACUUACACUCUCUGGAAUCCUGGCCCAAUAUCCAUUAAAGGCUUGAGCAGCAAUUGUGCCUUAUCCUCAAAUCCCAUUGAAUGCAAUGUCCUUUGCUUGGGAUUGUUUCCUUUUAAUAAAGUAUGGAAAAUGUCCUGCAUUACUUUCUGCUUUGGAACCAUGCAAGACAAAAAGCAGACUGACAAAGCUUCUGCUUCUAAAUUAGUACUCUUGAAGUAAAUCUUAAAAUGAAUGGGACUUGGAUUUAAAAGUAAUUGGAUUUUAAAAGCUAUCUUGAAGGACAGGAGUGAAAAAAAUAUUUCCUAUGUACAUGUGGGGUCCUGAGCUAGUCUAGGUCAAACUGCAGUCAAGCGAUUUCUUGCCAUUUUUCCUAUUAUAUCUGCUAUUAUGGCCCAGCUUGCCAAAAGCCAUAAAGAAUUUAAUUCACCUAUAAAAUGCACCUUAUGAAUUUCAAAGCUGGGGUGGGGGCUUGGAAACAAACCAAGCAGGAUAUUUUUUACAGCACUGUGGUUUCAAAAAUCAUUUUUAAGUCCAUAAGUAAUUCUUUCUCGGAUUUAAUAACUAUAAUGGACAUAAAUAAGAGAUGUAUUUUCUUAUUUUUGUACUGGGGUGGUGGCUGGUCAAUUUGCUUUUUAUAAAUACUGUAUAUAAGAGUAGAUCUUUUUAAUGUAUUUGUUUUUGCGCUCAGUAACUCUGUAUAGUGUAUAUAUUUUGUGUUUUCGGUGAAGAGAGACUGGAUACCUGAAAACCCAGCUGAGCUAAACAAAACUACCAGCUGUGAAAUUCAGGGUACUGUUGGCUAUUUCUACAGCCUGUUGGCUAGCUGGAAGAGAAACGAAGAGGGGAGACUGCAUUGGUAGAUGAUGUUUGGCUUCGGGUGCUGGGAAUGAUUCAGUAGCCCUCGCCCCUUGGAGGCCAGCUGGAAUCCCAUGCAGCUUCAUCAACACUGCAUGGGCGUAAUUCCCAUCCAGCACUCACAGAGGCAGCGCAGCCCAGCCCAGCCCAGCCCGCUUCCUGGGCCCACAGGCCAUGAUGACCAUAACCCCUGGAGUGUCUUUCGCCUAGUGAAGGCAGCACCUAGCUGGGAAUACGCUGGCACAGAAAUGUCACUCUGGGCUGUGAGUUGUCACCCCUGCUCUUAGCAGCCAUAGUGGACACGUACAGCCUCUAGAUCCCAAAGUCUCCAGACCCUUAAGUCUGCUUGGAGCUGAAGAAGUUGGGGGCAGGCAGGUGCAGAGGGUCAGGGGCACACAGCGCAACAGGUCUGUGCGCUGAUCAUGAUCCAGCAAGGGGAAGAGAAGGGAAGAUUUCACAGCAGCUCUUUUCCACAACAGGAGACCUUUCCUGCAGGAUGGUGGGUGCCAACUACAACGUUACCUUUGGGGCCCUUGUUGUCACUUGACCAUUACUUGAGCACUUGUGGUUCAGUCUCAAUGUUAGGCGACGCUAACAGUCUUUUAUAUAUUGUAAUAUUUAUUUAUUUUCUGUAACCUAUGCUGGGGGCCAGAGAACGCCCAGGCGCUUGCUUGCAACCAGAUCCCAGUGGUGCUUGGCUCUACUGAAAGAUGCAAUAGCAAUACAGCAAAUCAGUUAGAAAGGGGUAUGGUGAAAGAUGGACAGCAAAUGGGCAGGAUUUCCGGACUGGCUAAGAUCCUUUGAACAAUCCCCUCCUUCUCCUUUUCCAAAGGCAGUUCCAAGGAACUUCUGGCCAGGUGGCAAAGGUCUGUCCUUCCUGUUUCCAAAGAACAGGCUGGCUCUGCUGCCUCGCUCAGCAUAGGCCAGUUGUCCGUGUCUCCUCUGUGUCUGAUAGAAACCUUUGCAAGGAAACUCAGCCCGGAUGGAUAUCAUAGGAAUCUCUUUCAUUCUGGAGAAGAAGGAAAUUGUAGUUCAUUUGGGUUUCCUCUCCCACCCGCUUCAUUUGGGACCCUUCUGCCUCUCUCAGGGGAUGAAGAGGGGCACGGAGAACGAUCCUGCCCUCUCCAGGUGCCUGGCCUUUCUGUCAAAGUGUCCCAAGUCAGUCCCAUGAAGAGACGGAGGGUGUGGUGCGAGGAGUUUCCUUUCUGUAAUAUGUACUAGGUGUCAGAUUUAAAUUAUAUACUGAAAUUAGAUCUAUAUUUGGAAAUAAAUCUUUUUAAUAUAACAAUAAAGAAAAUGUGAAACCUUA